AUGGCCGAGGUGUGUCCGAGAGCAGAUGGAAGGUUGACCGUCUGUCUGGUCGGGAGGCAUCCACAUACGGGUUUGAAAGGAGUUGAGUCUAUCUUCGAGGCAUCAGAAUUGAUAAAUGUCUCUGAAAUCCCCCAAUAUUUCCAGAAAGCGCACACCGCAUCCACAUUAUUGAAUACGGGGUUCUCUGGGCAUCCCACUUUUUCUGCUCCCCAUCAAAAAGCGCCAAACUCCGACCACUUUCCCCGCGUUCGCAGCAACGAUGAGCCCCGAAAAAGACCGUCUCGGCCAAUCAUGGAGAGUAAUCUUCAACUUGGCAAAUUCCAAGCAACGAAGCUUCCUUGGAGGAGAGGAAAAGAGGUCGAGACAAAUGCUUAG